UCAUGUUUAAAAUUUUAAUAGAAAAAUGCUUUCACAGGCUCCAACAAAUGUAAGUUUCUACCUAAAAGAUGAAAAUCCAGUAAGGAUACCCACACAAAUCUAUGAUGAAUACACAAAGAAAAAGAAAAUAAAACCCCCACCGAAACGAACUAUUCAGAGAAUAUUUAAGAAAGGUAAAAACAAAAGCAGGAAGAUCUACGUUCAUCCGGUAACAAGAAAAGUUACAGUGGCAACUGAGAAAACUGAAAUGAUUGAUAGCGCUAACGUUCAAGACGAAGAUGUCACAACGAGCAGUCCUAGGAAGAAAACACGAAAGAAUAUAAAAGUACCAAGAUAUCCAAUGCCGUUCCAUAGACUUCAAUCGAGAAAAAAUACAGCACAUUAUAGAAAUAGAAGGGAAUUAGAUAGAGAUGAUGUUUAUAUACUUAAAGACUUAGACGAAAUGGAGUUCGUUAAUAGUGGUAAAGAUUACGACAUAGUCAAGGCACAUGUAAAAAAAUAUUGGUAG